UUGGAUUUCCAGUGGCCAAAAACAGAAAAUUGAAAAAAGAAUACGGACUAGGGGGCGAGUGUAGCCAUGGCUGGCGUCGUGAGCUCCAGGACGACGAUGGUUGUUGACACGUCAUCUUCUGAAUUGCUUUCACCAUUUGAGAGGGGGAGGCACGGGGGUCACAUGUCACAGCCACAGAGCUCGGGAUGGGUGGUUGAUGCUGUACUUCCAUGUGGAACUCAAGCCUGCUUGACACGUGUCAACUUCUCAAGGUGCCUUUCAACGAGUUGCUGGUCGCACUGGCAUAGGGGAAAUAAUGUAUGGCCACGCAUCAUCCACUGGCGACCGCCAUCAUCAUCGUUAUCCGUGGGAGGAUCAGGUGCUGCAGGCAUCUUGGUUUGCCCAUCAUCGUCAUCGUUAUCAUCAUCAUCGUCAUCAUCAUUCCUGAAGGGGCAUGGCUGGGAUGAUCUGAAUCCUCUGGCAAAGCUAUUGUGCCAAUACAAGUCAUCACACAACCGUGGUCGCCAUCAAGCACCUGUACGAACAGAUUUCCAGAGAUUGUGCAUCCGUAGUGCUGGAAGGCCCAAGGUGAAGACCAAGAUGACGACCCCGAAGCAGAAAACCCCCAUGCAGCUGAAACAGGAUGAAGCGAGGGCUGCCAAGAGGGCACGAAGAAAGGCAGAGAGGCUUGAAAUCAAAGCCAGUCGACCGAAACCAGAUUUCAUGACAAAGCUGAUGGAGGACUGGACAAAUGAUGAUGUAAUAGACUUUGCGACCAUGCAUUUACGUCUUCGGAAGGAGGAUGUCGACAAGCUCAGAAUCCAUCGGGUAACUGGAAAAGUUCUGGAGUUCUAUACGGCCGAAGAUAUUCGGCGAAGGCUGUGGAUUCGGCCUCUUGCUGCGAAGAAACUUUCCAAGGGAAUUCACUUAUACCCUAAGCCAAAACAAAAGCUGGUAUUGGUGGUUGAAGUGAACGAGUACGGAUUUGCUGAACGAUUGCCAGUGAGGGUGAGAAGCACGGAUGAUGUUAAGCUGUACCUUGCCGAGCGUGGUGCGUUGGGCCUGCGCCGCCUGGCGGUCGGAAGAGAUAAACGGACAAUUGCGCGGUACGAGUUCCUUAGAGACAAGAGGGAGUACACUCUCGUCUUUCCAAAGCCCCGCAAGGAUACAGGAGAAGCUAUGCAGAUUUCAGCUGAGCAGCAGGCAGAGGAAGACGCAGAAAUGGAAGAGAUAUUUUUGGAUCCUAGCGAUGAGCUCAGCAGUGAAGACGAACAUGAAGCAUCAGAUGACAUGUACUCAGGCCCUGACGACAAGCUCGAUGAGGAGGAUGAGGAAGAGGACGACGACGACGACGAGGAGGGUGAUGAAGACGAGGCAGAGGAAUGUCAGAGUAUGUUCCACAACGAGGACUCGUCUGAGGGUGCCAGUCAGAAAGGCGUGACAGCAGGACAUCGGGGGGAGAGUUAUCUAGUGGGAAGAGACACAAAAGAGGCAGGAGAAGGUAGUCAAGUUCGAGUAAGCGAAGAUAUGCGACAAGCAAGUGAUGGGAUGCUGCUGCAGGAAAGAGUUGCAGACAACAGUGGUGCUGAUGUAGCUGGGAUCGGCAGCACGUUCAGAGAUCCUGUUCCGAGUUACAUGAAAGAUCGUCGCAGAGGGAGAAUGGAUGUGGAGCUGGGUGAGGCAGUGGUACAAGUGUUUCAAGAGAGGUUCCCAGAUCUACUGCUGCUGCCAGAGCUUAGUGCGCUUCCGCUGAGGCCAAGAAAAAUAACCAGAGAAGAGAGAUUGAGGGAAAGGGAGAAGGCUGAACAGAGAGCAAGAGCGCUGAGGAGACAGACACGGUUUCGACUUCUCAGAGGAAGGGAGGAACCGAUUCAACUGCGUAAGAUCGCGAAAGGAGAGGACGCGUACAUGGUAUGGGACGUUGUGGCGUAUGCUGAAGAUGGUGGAUCAGAUAGGCUACCUGGAGUUAUGGUGGUGGCGUACAGGAAGGAGAUUGCCGUAUCGCAAGAUGUUCGUGAUGCUGAUUGGCUUGCAAGAACAAUGGUUAUGAGAGCACGACAAGAAAAUGCGGGCUAUUGGCGAGAUUAUGUUCCGUUUCGCGGACUCGCUAUUGUCCCUGUUCUUGCAUUCGAGACCAUCCCUCUCCUGGAGGAGGGAACGUUGUCCUUAGGAAGUCAGACAAUAGGUGUCCCAAUCUUUGUGCGUGUUAAAGAUGAGACAGGUCACACUGGUGAGCCCAAGGAAUCAGACAAAGCCCCCGAAUGGCGACUAUGGGAUCGAUCAAUACCAGUGCUCAAGGCUCGUCCUUGGGUCAGAGGUAGACAUCCCAAAGAGAAAUGUCUGAAAGUAGAUUUAGAGUCUGGGAUCCCAAUGUUAACCCGUCCUAUUGUAGACGUGCGGUCGCCAUCAUAGACCUUCGUCUUUGAGCUUUUUUUCUUUUUGUUGUUGUUUUGAACCAACUUUACACUGCUAGUUUGUGACUUCAUU